UAACCAAACGAACACGAAUCAUCAAACUCUGACCAAAUCUCCAUCUAGUUGUGUCUUUUUUUUUUUCCUUCUCCUUCCUUCCUUCCUUCAGUUCAAAGUGUCAACUUCAGUUCCUCCAUACUUCUUCUCCAUCUCCAUCUCCAUCUCUCUGUCGCUCUCCUAUAUUCCCAUCUCUCCCGUGCAGAUUUAAUUUUUUUAUUUUCCAUUUAUUACAAAAACCAAAACGAUUUAUAGUUUUUGUUCCUCUGGGUUUUCUCUUUAUUCUUCUGUGUCAUCAUCCUCUCUACUUAUUGAGAAUCUAAAAAAAGCAUCUUUGUUCUCUCUAAUCCGAUUGUACAGUUUCAUAUUCCAAUUCCAGUUUUUUACUCAACCUGUCAUGUUUAACCAAUCAAAAAGACUCCAACUCUGAAAAAGAAUGGGAUCUGCAAGUGGGUUUUACUCAAACGAAGGGUUUGAAUUGGAUCCUAAAUGGCUGGUUGAUCCUCGUCAUCUCUUUGUUGGUCCCAAGAUCGGCGAAGGUGCUCAUGCCAAAGUUUAUGAGGGGAAGUAUAGAAACCAAACAGUGGCGAUUAAGAUUAUCAAAAGAGGAGAGUCCCCUGAAGAGAUUGCCAAAAGAGACAGCCGGUUUGCUAGAGAGAUCGCUAUGUUGUCCAAAGUCCAGCACAAGAACUUAGUCAAGUUCAUUGGAGCGUGCAAAGAACCUAUGAUGGUUAUAGUCACCGAGCUUCUACUAGGCGGUACAUUGCGUAAAUAUCUAGUCAGCUUGCGGCCUAAACGUUUAGAUAUACGUUUGGCUGUAGCGUUUGCUCUUGACAUUGCUCGUGCCAUGGAAUGUUUGCAUUCUCAUGGAAUCAUUCACCGCGAUCUCAAACCAGAGAAUUUGAUCUUAUCUGCGGAUCAUAAGACCGUAAAACUCGCUGAUUUCGGUUUAGCUAGAGAAGAAUCAUUAACCGAAAUGAUGACCGCAGAGACUGGUACAUACCGUUGGAUGGCCCCUGAGCUAUACAGUACGGUUACAUUAAGACAUGGAGAGAAGAAACACUAUAACCAUAAAGUAGAUGCUUACAGCUUCGCCAUCGUCUUGUGGGAACUCAUCCUCAACAAGUUACCAUUUGAAGGCAUGUCUAAUCUACAAGCAGCCUAUGCGGCUGCCUUCAAGAACUUGAGGCCUAGUGCAGAGGAUUUACCAGGGGAACUAGGGCUGAUAGUGACAUCAUGCUGGAAAGAAGAUCCUAACGAACGGCCAAACUUCACUGAGAUAAUACAAAUGCUCCUCCGUUACCUCUCCACCGUUUCGCCUCCGCAGAUCGUUCCUCCUCCGGUGAGACGUGUUUUCUCGUCGGAAAACGUGGUUUUCUCACCGGACUCUCCAGGGACUUGUUCACUGAUGAACGUCAGAGACAAAGAUGGCUCAGGUCAGAAAGUUAACGCUGCUGAUUCGUCGGAGAAAGAAACAAAAGGAAGCUUCUUCUUCUGCUGCUCAUAGAUGAUGGUGAUGGAUACUAUAUAAGAUAUCGGUUGUAAUUGUGUAAAGGAAACGGAGAGGUGAAGUGUUUGUUUGUUGUAUGGAAAUGAUAAAUAGCAAAGAACUUAGAUCAUCACAGUAACGAGAAAAAACUUUAUUGUACGUGCCUUCGUGUCCUAAUUGAAAAAUAUUGAACAAACC